AUGGACUCGCCAGACACACCACCGCCCAGGCUACCCGCCCACUUUGCGCAUUCCUACGCCUACACGCUACCCGCCUCGCCCUCACCUUCGCCUUCGCCCUCAGCCCGCGCACCACGACGCAGCCCACGCAAACCCGUCCCCACCGUCCCCUACGCCUCCCUCGUCGCACCGUCGUCGUCCCCAGAGCCACAUGCGCGCUCCUCGGCAGCCUCUACCUCUCGAACCCGCUCGCACUCUGCCGAUCCAUCCGCCUCCGCUUCGCCCUCAAAGAAGAGGAAACGCAUCAAGCGCACAGUCGACGACCCCGCAUCUGCAGAGGGAAGCAAGUACGCCCAGUACCAUGGCGUGCCGGACCACAUCUCGCCGCGCAACCACGUCCUGCUGUGCGGCAUCAACCCCGGUCUGACCUCGUCGGCGCUCCAACACCACUUUGCAGGGCCCACAAACCACUUCUACCCCGUCCUACACCAGUCCGGCCUCACCUCGCGCCGCUUCAGGCCCGACGAGGACCACACCUUCCCCACCCUCCGCCCCUUUUCCCUCGGCCUGACCAACAUCGGCCAGCGCCCCACGGUAGAGGCGUCGGAGCUGCCCCGACACGAGAUGGACGCCGGCGUGCCCGUAUUUCUCCGCAAAGUGGACCGGUGGCGGCCGCGCACCGUCGCCUUUGUCGGCAAGGGCAUCGCAGAGGUCGUGUCCAAGUGCCUCAAGCGCUGUCCCCCCGGCCAUGAUGGAAGUGAGGGGGCGGCGAGGAUCACGUUGGAUAUCCCCACAUCUAUGUUGCUCGCUUUCGAUCCCGAUGCCGCCGCACAAGGCGCCAGGGGGAGCAGGACAAAGUCGACGAGGAACAAGGGCGAGACGCCGCCCAAGAGGAAGAGCGUAAAGAAGGACGACGUCAAGGACGACAGCGGGUACGGCCUCCUGCCCUUUGUCUUUGUCCACCGUCGUCAAGGAGCAUCCUCCAACACCGACACCGUCGUCGCAGAUCCAUCACGACCUCUCGUCGACAUCGCCAACAUCAAGGUGGAGUCUAACGCCACCUCUGGCGAUGCGAUCAAGGUCGAAGAGGGACGCUCGAGUCGAGACCCUUGCGCCGCCGUCCUGAAUCGCGAUACGACCUCUCUUCCCGCCCAACCCUCGUCGACGACAGACACCGACGUCGCCGGGGAGGGGGACGUGUACGACGAUCUGACUUUUUUCUUCGUAUCCCCCUCGACUUCGGCGCGGGUCACGACCCACUUUCUGAACGACAAGGCCCAGAUACUGCGUCACCUUGCUCGCUUCCUCGAGUUCCUCUCCCGUCGUCAUCGUCGUCGUGCCGGCGCAUCCGCAUCCGACGACAUCAAGGUAGAACCCGACGUGGAAGACGACGAGACGAGACGCGUCGAGUUCCGAUGCAUCGACCUCGAUACGCUCACCUUUCUCGAGGCACGUAGCGUCCCGUUGCUUCCCGCCGCCACGACGGCCAAGGUGGAAGAGAAAAGGGAGGAGGAGGAGGACGUGGAUGUGGAUGAAUUGAUCGACGAUGACGACGACGACGACGACAACGGGGGCAUCGCUUCGCCUUCGUAG